GUAAAUUAUCCAAAACGCAAGUAUAAAUCACAAAAUGGAUUGUCGUAUAAUUUUGGUGUUCAUUUUCUUCUUCAGAGUUUUCAAUGAACUGUUCGCCGUAAACCCUGGAAUUUGCUCCAAUCUAUCUGAAGACAUCACUUGUUGUCAAAAUUACCAUAAAAAUGGUAACCUCUGUAUAGCGUGUCCCCCAGGAACAUAUGGUUCAAACUGUACCGAAACAUGUCCUCAUGGUUUUUAUGGGUACUUUUGCAAAUGGGAAUGCAAUUGUCAUCAAUGUGAUAAAGUCAGCGGAUGUGCAGAGGAAGUUAGCACAUUGUCGGAGAAAAUCUACCUGCCAUCAAUUGGUGUUCUUUCUCUUGUGGUUUGUUUGCUUAUCGCAUACAUUAUAAGGUUGAAAUGUCAAAUCAAACAUUUUCAACCUGCUGGCGGAAGUGACGCACCUGUUGUGGUACAGUAUGAUUACGAUUCUUUACAACGACUUAAGGAUGGACAGUCUAUUGCUUCACAAAAUCUUGACAAGCAUGAUAAUGAUACUGAACUCAAUUUAUAAAUGGAAAUUACAGAUCCAGCUAUUAAUAACUAAUAAAAAAUUUCUAAGAAAUAAGCUUAUUUAUUUACUU